CCUACAAAACGUAACAUCCGGAAAAUUCGGAAGUCGGCGGUUCAAAAUGGCGUCGAAUAAAAAGAAAUUAGAUGAAAAACAUUUAAAAAUGCUACGGGAAAUGGUAGCAUUGCCCCAUAAUAAGCAAUGUUUUGACUGUCAUCAAAGAGGGCCAACAUACGUUAAUAUGACAAUCGGUUCAUAUGUCUGCACGGCAUGCAGUGGCUUACUGCGAGGGCUUAAUCCACCACACAGGGUCAAAUCUAUAUCUAUGGCUAGUUUUACAGCAGAUGAAAUGGAAUUUAUCAAAUGUCAUGGAAAUGAGUAUUGUAGGAAGGUAUGGCUAGGUCUCUAUGACAACAGAUUAAGUGGUCAGACAGAGGGUAGAGAUGAAGCUAAAGUAAAAGACUUCAUGGCACAAAAAUAUGAAAGAAAACGUUAUUAUGUGGCGCCCUCUGACAGUAUGAAAGAUGAAGCUAAACGAAUGAACGAGUCUGCGAUAACAACAAAAACGCCGGGAACAAAACCACUAAAGUCAUUACUAGGAGAGAAUGCUCCAAAACUACAUGUAGGAAAUACUCAGAAUGGUAACAUUAGCCACUAUUGCAAAAUACACAAAAUCAUCUGGCAGAAAGCACCAGUGUCGGCGACCCCGCCACCUAUAGGUUCAACUCCACAGAGCCCCGGUAACCUGAGUAUUCAAUCAUCAAAGUCUACAGGCUCUACGGCCAUGGACCUCCUUGGAGAUUUAGGCGGAGAUCCGUUUGCUAGUUCAGCUCCACAAACUCAUCCACCAGGGGGAGGUGGUUUUGCAGAUUUUGGUAACUUUGGUAACACGGCAUCAAGUACACAACAGACUCCAUCAUUCCCACAGUCAGCACCCCUGCAGCCCUCGGGGUCCAGUUCUCAGGCAUCGCAACAGUCUGUUAACGGUUUCACGUCCACGCCAGCAUCUUCUGUUCCAGCAGGGGGCGCUGGUGGGGACAAAUAUUCGAACCUCUCAGAUCUGUUCAGUGUCCCAACAACGUCGGAAGAAAGUCCAUCAACAGGUUGGAGUUCAAUGAGUACAAGUAACGCCGGUGUAAGCUGGGGGGGAACAACUAAUUCUACCGGUGGUAUUAACUGGGGAGGAGAAAGUAAUACUGCUAGCUCCGGGGGAGGACUUUGGAACAGCUCUUCCACUCAGUCGAUUCCCAGCUCCUCUAGUUUAAAUUGGGGAGGAAGUACCGGUAGUACAGUACCAUCCAGCAUGUCAUGGGGUGGAGCACCAGCCACUGCACAAUCAAAUGGUCUAGGCGUGCCCGGCAAUCCAUUCUUGACAGCCACCGUUGCAAAUCCUUUUGGAGGGGGCAGUAAUACAUCAUUAACAUCACAGUCUUCAAUGGGGGUCCAACAGGCUCCUAAUGCUAACCCAUUCGGCGGACAGGCAGUUGCUAGCACAGGUGGAUUCGGGGCUUUUGGGGCACAAAAUACUGCAGUUUCUCAGAGUGCAGGUUUUGGACAAUUUGGUACUCCGGCCAGCACAGCUGGUGCAGGUUUUGGACAAUUUGGUACUCCGGCCAGUACAGCUGGUGCAGGUUUUGGACAGUUCGGUACACCAGCUAGCUCGGCCGGUGCUGGUUUCGGACAAUUUGGUACGCCUGCUAGCACGGCUGGAGCAGGAUUCGGACAAUUUGGUGGGAUACAACAAAAUGGUGGUUUUGGUGCUAACACUACUGCGGGUGGUUUUGGGGGUGCUCAGACAAAUACCCAGCAAGGAUUUCCACCCGGACAGGCAGGGUUUGGAGGACAGCCACAGCAGCAAGGAUUUGGUGCAAUGCCAGGGGCCGGGUUCGGAGGUCAACCUCAGCAACAGGCAGGGUUUGGUGGGCAGCCACAGCAUCAAGCAGGGUUUGGAGGUCAGCCUGCACAGAUGCAAGGAUUCGGUGGAGCACCAGUUGGUGGGGGCUGGGGACAAAUGCCUGCCUCUUCAGCUACAGUUAACCCAUUUAUGUCUACAGCACAACAAUACUCUGGGGCACCAAAAACAGGAGCAACAAACCCAUUCUUGUGAUACUCAGUGCACUAGCCAACCUAUAGUGAUCUUCUCUAUAUAUUUAUAUAGUUAGGAUUAUAUUACAUUAUAUUACAUGAUCAAUAAUAAAUUACACAGGCAUUGUAUCAUCAUCAUGAAUAAUAAAGACGGGCCUCUAUCGGGUUGACAGGCUUUCUUCAUCAUUGUACAUUGGUACUGGUUCAUUUUUUUAUAAAGAAACAUCAAUAAAGAGAUAGUGAAAUCAUUGGCAAGGGGAUAGUGUAGGAUGCAUCUUGUGGACGUGCUGAUUGCAAGAUUGUUACGUAAUUAGAUACCCAGCCAUGAAUUAAUGCUGAAUUAAGGUACAUCCAUGAGCCAUGAAUAUAUGAUGAAAUAAGGUAAAUCCUUUAGCCAUGAAUAUGUGACGAAAUAAGAUACAUCCUUUAGCCAUGAAUAUAUGAUGAAAUAAGGUACAUCCUUUAGCCAUGAAUAUAUGAUGAAAUAAGAUACAUCCUUCAGCCAUGAAUAUAUGACAAAAUAAGAUACAUCCUUUAGCCAUGAAUAUAUGAUGAAAUAAGGUCCAUGUGUCAGCCAUGAAUAUAUGAUGAAAAAAGGUAAAUCCAUCAGCCAUGAAUAUAUGAUGAAAAAUGUAUCAGAAAAUAAUUGGGAUACAAUGAAAACCUGUGUAAAUACUGUAAGUCCAACUUGCAGUAGUGUGUGUGGCACACUGUGUUGACUGUAUAGUACGGAACAAAAGGAUAUUCAGGAAGAGAGGAGUUGGUGAUAUUUUUAUUAGCUUACGGAAAAAAAAGCUUUAAUAAUGAACUAUAUUAUGUAUGUUGGGAUAGCUUUGUUUAAGCAUUAGAAUUAUAUUGUAUUUAUUUAAUGCUUUUUAUUUGAAGUAUAAUUUCCAUGUGCUUGGGGGUAUAUAUUAAAUGCUUUGUGAUUUAGGAUAAUUUCAACAUAUUUUAAUGAGUUAAUAAGAUGUUUGCUUCAAGUUCUUGGUUAAUCAUAUAAGAAUGUUUGUCAGGAUUGACAAGUGACCUUGAUGAACUUUUGUCAGAUGUUGUUCUGUUGUUCUGUUUAUAAUAGCAGAGAGUGUGGAUAAUUUUGGACAGUUUUAACUUAAUAAAUUUUAAAUGUUAAAGAGUACAUAAACAUUUUUUUGCUUCAUGUCAAAAGCAUAAAGUCUUAUUCAUAAAAUCUUGGUAAUAAUAUAUUUAUAUCACAUCCCAAUAGGGGUGAUAAAACAAAAUGUUCAUCUAAGACCAGUGAUGUUAAGUAAGGUAUAAGCCAAGGUUGACAUUAUCUUGUCAGGGGAAUUAUUCUGGUAUAUCACCCUCUGUGUGAUAUGAUACCUUCUUUAUUACACCAAACCACUAGAUUUUGAUAAGGUCGUAAAGCGUCUAAGCAAAGGAAU